AUGCCUUUCGAUGACUUCCACAGUGUCCCCACCCCUAACUCUUCCCAAGGAAGCCCAGCCUUACAAGAGUAUAAAAAGGACUUUAAAGCUUCCUGCCCUAAUCUGAAACCCUCUGCUUCCACCAUGGGAAAGUCCCUCCUGAUGUCUCUCAUCAUCCUGUCCUGCUACUUGACAGUUAUGGACAUUGUCCAAUGUAGGACAUGUCACCUCCAGUUCCCUGGAGAAAAGUGCCAUCUAGGAAGAGGUGUAUGCACUGCAUCACAAGAUGAGGCCUGCGUGGUUGGAAGGAUUUUCAAAAGGGACGGCACCCCAUGGUUAAUGUUCAUGGACUGCCUGAGGAAUUGUGCUAAUGUGAUGAAAGUGAGGUGGGGUGUCUACUUAGUGAACUUCAUCUGCUGUCGGGGUUCUGACCUGUGCAAUGAAAAAAUGAUGUAG